AUGAAACACACUGUGGUAUUUCUUCUGCUGCCCCUCCUGGGAAUAUGCUUGGCUUACACUUACCGUAAGUAUAAUGUGCUGAUAUCUGUAUUCAUCUGCAUCAGCAUAAGUUGCAUUUUGAGUUCUUUUAGCCCCAAAAUUCUUGACUGUACUGCAAUAAUUAUGCAUAAUUUAAAGCAUACAAAAUGUAAACUGUGUUUCACUUGAAAAUAAGUUAUCUUCAAACACAGCACUUAUUUGAGUCAUUCUUUGUCACCAUCUCUAAAAGCUUUCUUUUUCUGGUUAAGGAUUGCUUUUAUGUCACUUGUGAUUCAGGGUCUGUUGUUGGGGAAACAGCGAACAGUCUGUGGGUAUAACGGUGUCUCUACAGAAGUUAAGAUAUUCAGUAAAGCAGUCAACCUGUUUGCCUAUUUUUGAGUGGUUACAGGGUUUAAAGGCUUGCAGUAGACAGCAUCAAGCUUAAGAAAAUGAAAUAAAUGUAUUUCUUUGGCAGAAAACGUGGCCCUUCGUGGCAAAGCAACUCAGUCACAUCGGUACCUUCACCAUUUUGGGGACGCCAACAGUGCAAUUGAUGGAAAUCGCGACUCUACCUUCGAUGCUGGUUCAUGCACUCACACUAUAGAAAUGGCCAACCCCUGGUGGAGGGUGGACCUGCUGGACCGCUAUGUAGUCACCUCUGUCAUCAUCACCAACAGAGGAGACUGCUGUGCAGAGAAGCUCGACGGAGCUGAGGUCCACAUCGGUGACUCUCUACAAGACAACGGUGCUGUGAACCCACCGUGAGUGCACAUGAACGCCACUGUAAACCCGACACCACAGUGACCUUUGUAGUGUCAGGUCUGACCCUGACUAAGAACUUCGUCAGUUUAAUUGGACUUGGUUGCUUGUUUUGACAGACUUGUUUUUCUUUGCAUGACUAAAAAUCUCACAAUAGAGUUUGUGUUUCUUUUUCAGAGCCGGUGUCAUCUCUCAGAUCCCUGCAGGAAGCUCGCACAUUCUGUCUGUGAAUGAUUUGGCUGGACGGUACGUGACAGUCUUACUUCCUGGUGCAAAGAGGAUUCUGACUCUGUGUGAAGUGGAGGUCUAUGGGUACCGUGCGCCGACAGGUGAGAUUUAAGAUGCAUGGACAGACUACAGUUAUGGAUUGAGCUGGAGAGAAAAUUCACUUUUGUUGUGACUUGAUUGUAGUGAAACAUGAGAAUAAUACAAACAUAUGAAUACAUGCUGACAGUUUAUUGCUGUUUUUCUUAGGGGAGAACCUUGCACUCAAAGGGAAGGCCACACAGUCUACGUUAUACUCAGAAGGCAUGGCGUACUUUGCAAACGAUGGAAAUAAUGGCAACAGUAGAGCAGAUGGGUCCUGCACUGCCACCAACAACAAUUUCGCCCCCUGGUGGCGACUGGAUCUGAUAAGAACCCAUAAAAUUUUCACUGUAAAGAUAACUAACCGCAUAGAUCCUCGAUUCGCACCUCGACUAAAUGGAGCUGAGCUCCGCAUCGGAGAUUCUCUCGAAAACAACGGCAACAACAAUCCCAGGUCCUACACCAAGGAUUAAAAAAAUAAUCUGAAUAUUUCUUUUAUUCUUAAAUUGUAGCGCUCCAUCAAUAACAAACGUGUCUUUUUUCUUUUCUCAGGUGUGCUGUGCUUGAAAACGUCCCAGCUGGCGCUACUGUUGAGUACCAAUGCAAUGGGAUGUGUGGUGUGAUGCCUCCUCAUCCUGUGUUAUUUUGGCUGGACUCCCUGUUUUUCCCUAUUUGCCUGUUCUGGCUGUGCUCUUUUCCAGGGCUUCCUCCCCUCCCCCGGCGCUGAGGCUGAGUGAGACGACACACCUGCUCCUCGUCCCCAAUCAAGGGACUUUAAGAAGCCUGCAGCCCUCAGUCUCAGCGCCUGAGUAUUGUCUACCCUGCCCAGCGGUAAAGACGCGUCUCCUGGCCAAAACCUCGUGGUAUAACUUUGAGAACUUUACUCCUUGUGACUCUUUGCAUGUCCUUUAACUCCGGUCUCCUCUGGUUUCUCCUGCAGUGUCUCCAGCCCACACGACAGCCAGCCUACCAGCCAACCAACCGGACUUCCUUUGUUCCCUUAUCUAUCCCUUUCUGUUUUUGGACAUUAAAUUCGUUUUACGUUGAGCUCUGUCUCAGUGUCUGCUUCUGGGUCCUCACUACAAGCCUGCCGCACAACAGAAUACUCAGGCCAGGAGAAUGGACCCACCAGACCCAGACCGAGUUCAGCUAGCCGUCCAGAAGCUCGGCACGCGGAUUGGCCAACAUGAGGAGAUGCUCCAGAGUCUCCAUCAGUCGCUUCAUGGCCUCUCCAUUCAAAUGUCGCAGCUGGCGGAGCAACUACUCCCUCGGUCUCCACCACAACAACCAGGAUUCCCCCCCUCUGUGAGUACGGUCCCCUCUUCACCUCCUCCACCACCCGCUAUCCUCAAAGAGCCCUAUGUCCCUCCUCCUGAGCCGUAUGCUGGGGAGAUUGGGGGCUGCAGAGGUUUCCUGCUCCGUUGCGCCUUAGUAUUUGAUCAACAGCCCAUUAGCUACCCCUCAGAUCGAGCUAAGGUUGCGUACACCAUCAAUCUGUUAAGAGGUAGGGCCGCUAAGUGGGCUACAGCCGUCUGGGAUAGGGACACACCUCUGUUCGCUUCUUACCCCCGUUUUUCCGAAGAGCUCCGGAGAAUAUUUGAUUUUCCUGUCGAGGGCCCCGAGUGUACCAAACGGCUAUUUUCCCUCACCCAGAGCUCUCGGUCAGUGGCGGAAUACUCCAUUGAGUUCCGUACUGUGGCGGCCGAGAGUGGGUGGGGGGACCUCGAGUUAAAAGGGGAUAUUCACUCGGGGUCUCUCUGAACAAUUGAAGGAUGAGCUAGCGACUCGUGAUGAGCCCUCCUCCCUGGAGGAGCUAAUAGCGCUAGCUAUUAGAAUUGAUAAUCGCCUCAGGGAGAGACGGAGGGAGAAGAAAAACCAUUCCUUAGUCCCUAGAAUAGACUCCCCUCCCUCUGUUGCGGUCAGCGGGUCUCCUCUGCAGCCCUCAGUCUUCCCGGAUCCGGCGCCAUCUGCAGGUGAACCCAUGCAGAUCGGCCACACUAAGCUUCACCCGGAUGAACGGAGAAGGAGGGUAGAGAAGAGGCUAUGCAUCUAUUGUGGCCAGGCCGGUCACUUUCUAACCAACUGCCCAAACAAGUUAAACGGCCAGGCUCAUCCGUGACUGAGGGCACACUGAUGAGCCAUACCUCCUCCUUUGCCAGCUCUCCCAAACGCAUCCUGGUACCUGCUUGUCUCCUGUGGGGAAAGGAGUCCACUUCCCUCCAAACCCUUAUUGACUCUGGGGCGGAUGAUAACUUCAUUCAUGCUGGACUGGCAGCGCGGCUUCAGCUCCCCCUGGAGGAACUCCCGGCUCCCCGUAAGGUCACCGCUCUCGAUGGCAGAGUUAUAGCCUCCAUCACCCACUGCACAGCUCCUCUCACCCUCAUCCUCUCCGGAAAUCAUCGGGAGGACAUCCGGCUGUUCCUGCUUCCAUCUCCUCACUCUCCCCUGGUGCUGGGACUCCCUUGGCUACAAAUCCACAACCCUCAGAUUAACUGGUCCACAUCUUCAAUCUCCGCCUGGAGCCCUCACUGUCACUCCCACUGCCUCCGCUCCGCCAAUCCUCACAUCCACCGACAGAGGUCAGCAUCUCCACCGCCAUCUCUCACCUCGGUUCCCCCCGUCUACCAUGACCUAGCAAUGGUAUUCAGCAAGGAGCAGUCUCUCAUUCUUCCUCCUCAUCGCCCCUACGACUGCGCCAUAGACCUGCUCCCUGGAGCCCCUCUUCCCAGUAGUAGACUGUACAACCUCUCUCGGCCCGAACGAGAGGCCAUGGAGGACUAUAUUCAAGACUCCCUGACCUCAGGACUCAUCCGACCCUCAUCUUCUCCCCUGGCUGCUGGUUUUUUCUUCGUGAAGAAAAAAGAUUCCUCUCUCCGUCCCUGCAUUGACUUCCGUGGAUUGAAUGAUAUCACCAUUAAAAACAAAUAUCCCCUACCACUCAUUGAUCCCUCCUUCGAACCUCUCUGUCAAGCCACCAUCUUCUCAAAACUGGACCUCCGGAAUGCCUAUCACCUGGUUCGCAUCCGGGAGGGGGACGAAUGGAAGACGGCCUUUAACACACCCAUGGGCCACUUCGAAUACCUGGUCAUGCCCUUUGGCCUCACCAACGCUCCUGCUGUGUUCCAGACCCUCAUUAAUGAUGUCCUCCGCGACAUGAUUAACCAGUUCGCCUUCGUCUACUUAGAUGAUAUUCUGAUCUUCUCCCGAAACCUGGAGGAACACCAGCAGCAUGUCCGACUCAUCCUUCAGCGCCUCCUCGAAAACCGCCUUUUCGUGAAGCCCGAAAAGUGCGAGUUCCACGCCUCCUCCGUCAGUUUCCUUGGUUACAUCAUCGCCCAGGGGGAGCUACGCCCAGACCCAGAAAAAGUCUGCGCUGUCCGUGACUGGCCCACCCCCUCCUCCCGCAAAGACCUCCAGCGAUUCCUUGGCUUCGCUAAUUUCUAUCGACGGUUCAUUAAGAACUACAGUAAGGUCGCAGUUCCCCUCACCCGGCUCACAUCCCUAAAGGUUCCAUUCUCCUGGACCCCCGAAGCAGACGCCACCUUCCAUCACCUCAAAUCCCUCUUCAUCUCCGCCCCGGUGCUCAAACACCCAGAUCCCUCGCUUCAGUUCAUGGUGGAGGUCGACGCUUCGGACUCUGGAGUAGGGGCCGUCCUCUCACAGAGGGACUCUCAGACCCAGAAGCUUCAUCCUUGCGCCUUUUUCUCCCGGAAACUCUCAGCCACGGAACAAAAUUAUGACGUGGGAAACCGUGAAUUACUGGCUGUCGUGUGGGCACUGCAAGAAUGGAGACACUGGCUGGAAGGAGCUUCCCAACCGUUUCUAAUCUGGACAGACCACAAGAACCUGCAAUACCUCCGCUCCGCUCGUCGCCUCAACCCCAGGCAAGCCCGCUGGUCCCUUUUUCUCAGCAGAUUCAAUUUCACCCUCUCCUAUCGUCCCGGCUCCCGCAACCUCAAACCAGACGCCCUCUCUCGGAUCUACGCCUUGGAUACUCCAGACCCCAGUGAACCAGACACCAUCCUCCCCGCCUCCUGUGUCGUCGGCUCCGCCACCUGGGAGAUCGAUACUAUCGUGGACCAGGCCCUCCGGAACCACCCAGACCCCGGAACCGGCCCGCCGGACAGAAAGUUCGUCCCUGAGGUCGCACGCUCUCAGGUCCUACAGUGGGGGCACUCCUCCAAGCUCACCUGCCACCCCGGGUUUCAACGCACCCUCCAAUUCCUCCAGCAGCGGUUCUGGUGGCCAGGGAUGGUCCGGGACGUACGGGCGUUUGUUGCUGCCUGCUCCGUCUGUGCCUGAAGCAAAGCCUCCCACCAACCUCCGGCUGGCUUGCUGCGUCCUCUGCCUGUGCCUUCACGCCCCUGGUCCCACAUAGCCUUAGAUUUCGUCACUGGUCUCCCUCCCUCUGAAGGUAACACUGUCAUACUCACCAUCAUUGACAGAUUCUCCAAAUUUGUUCACUAUAUCCCUUUACCCAAGCUCCCAUCUGCCUUUCAAACUGCUAACCUCCUAGUCACUCAUGUAUUUCAAUUACAUGGGAUUCCCCGUGACAUCGUGUCAGAUCGUGGUCCUCAGUUUUCCUCUCAGGUCUGGAGAGCUUUCUGCCAGGCAGUGGGCGCAGCAGCUAGCCUCUCCUCGGGUUACCACCCACAGACCAAUGGCCAGACGGAGCGGGCUAAUCAGAACCUCGAGUCGGCCCUGCGGUGUGUGGCGGCCCAUCACCCAGCGUCCUGGAGUACGCACCUCCCGUGGAUCCAAUACGCCCAUAACUCCCUCACCUCUUCAGCCACAGGUAUGUCCCCAUUCAUGUGCUGUUUUGGGUACCAGCCCCCCUGUUUCCCGAACAGGAGCAACCUGUGGCCGUCCCGUCGGUGAGGGAGCACAUUGGGCGUCUACGGGAGGUGUGGAGAUCGGCCAGGGCCGCACUCACCCGCACGGCCGAGCGCAACAAACGCCUGGCUGACGUUCACCGCUCUCCAGCACCAGACUAUCGUCCUGGUCAGAUGGUCUGGUUAUCGUCUCGUGACCUUCCCCUGCAGACCGAGUCCCGCAAGCUGUCCCCCCGCUUCAUUGGUCCCUUCCCUAUCCAGAAAAUCAUCAACCCUUCAGCGGUGAGAUUAAAACUUCCCUCAUCUCUCAAAAUUCAUCCCACAUUCCAUGUCUCCUUGUUAAAACCUGUUGCCUCAUGCACCCUGAGCCCUCCUUCCGUCGCCCCUCCACCCCCCCGAUUGAUUGAUGACCACCCUGCCUUCACUGUAAGGAAAAUCCUGGACGUGCGGCCUCGGGGGCGAGGCUUCCAAUACCUCGUGGACUGGGAGGGUUACGGUCCAGAGGAACGUUCCUGGAUCUCCCGCUCCCUCAUCCUGGACCACCAACUCCUGGAGGAGUUCUACGCUGCCCACCCCAACAAGCCCGGCAGAACGCCAAGAGGCGUUCGUUAAGGGGGGGGUACUGUGGUGUGAUGCCUCCUCAUCCUGUGUUAUUUUGGCUGGACUCCCUGUUUUUCCCUAUUUGCCUGUUCUGGCUGUGCUCUUUUCCAGGGCUUCCUCCCCUCCCCCGGCGCUGAGGCUGAGUGAGACGACACACCUGCUCCUCGUCCCCAAUCAAGGGACUUUAAGAAGCCUGCAGCCCUCAGUCUCAGCGCCUGAGUAUUGUCUACCCUGCCCAGCGGUAAAGACGCGUCUCCUGGCCAAAACCUCGUGGUAUAACUUUGAGAACUUUACUCCUUGUGACUCUUUGCAUGUCCUUUAACUCCGGUCUCCUCUGGUUUCUCCUGCAGUGUCUCCAGCCCACACGACAGCCAGCCUACCAGCCAACCAACCAGACUUCCUUUGUUCCCUUAUCUAUCCCUUUCUGUUUUUGGACAUUAAAUUCGUUUUACGUUGAGCUCUGUCUCAGUGUCUGCUUCUGGGUCCUCACUACAAGCCUGCCGCACAACAGGGAUGGAUGGUCGCUUUGUUAAUGUGGUCAUUCCUGGAAGGUCGGAGUACCUGACCCUGUGUGAGGUGGAGGUUUAUGGUUCGGUCCUGGAUUAAAAUGAAGAGUUACUACUGUUACAUGAUUUUUCAUGUAUUUUGUUCCCAUUAAAUCACUCAAUCCUGUAGACAAAGCUUCAUUUUCUCUGUUUGCACAAAAAUCAAAACCAAAUAAAAAAAAAUAAAAAAAAAUUCUCCUUAAAAUUCAAAACCAGUGACACAUUGGUGAAAUGUUACUUUGUCUGGUAGUUCAGGGUGUUUUCUGUCAAAUGUUUUUAGUGGACGAUAAGUCACUGCUGCAGGUGGACCAAUUAAGCACUGGGACUCUUCUACUCCUGAGCCAUGCUGUUGUAGUAUCUGCAGAAUGAGGUUUGACGUUGUGUUGGGUAAAUACGUGAGAUCUUCCCUAAAAAUUGCUUUAUCUGAAGGGAAAACAUGGAUGUAUUAUUCAGAUGCCUUACACCCUAAUGUUUUGAGUGUAGCAUAUCAUGUCAUUGGAGUUAUGGUCUGAGUUGUUGUACUCUUUAGUGUGAUGAGUGAUCUUAAACACUGUACAUCACAUGACCUUUAAGAACCUCAUAAUCUCACAGUCAAACCAUAAGUGAGGAACCGAAAUACACAAUAAGGGAAGUGUGCAUUAAAGAAAAAAACUGUUAAGCAAUGAUUGCACAGUGCCAAAUAUUCCUGAACUGAUUUCUGAUUAUGGGCUCAUCAGAAACAGAACUGAAGCAAAUGAGGGUUAUAAAGGCUGCUGCACAUCAGGAGCUUCGGGGAUUUGGAAACUUUCAUUUCAUCAUUUGACUUCAGGGCGAAAGCACCGCUAAGUCUCCAGGUAAAUAUCUGCGCAUUAGAUCAUCUAAUUAUAUCUGUUUUAACAGCAAAUUAAACCCUUUUGUGCUGUUUUCCUUCUGACUUUGUGUUAUAGAAAUGACAGUAGUUGCUUGAUUAGAAAAACAGACAUACAUCUUGAAGAAAUGUUCCUCUGCAGCACAGGCUGGCCUCAGGAUACCUUUGGCAGGCGUUUAAAUUUUAAGCAGAGAGUUUUCCAGUUCAUUCUUGUUUUUAGAAUUGAAUGCAAAAACUCUUCACUCAAUUCUAUUUCCACUGAAGUGAAGUUAAAAAAACCCACAAAAACCUGUUGUCAAAAACUAUCUUUGACCUGCUUUACUUCGAUGACUCUGUCCUCUCUGUCUCAGUCAGAACAAUGAAACACACUGUGGUAUUUCUUCUACUGCCUUUCCUGGGAAUAUGCUUGGCUUACACUUACCGUAAGUAUAAUGUGCUGAUAUCUGUAUUUUUCAGCCCCAAAAUUGUUGACUGUACUGCAAUCAAUAUGCAUAAUUUUACGGCCUAUAUAAUUUAAACUGUGUUUAACCUGAAAAUAAGUUCUCUUCAGUGGUCAUUACUGAAAAAAAACAAUAGCUAAAGACUUAAAAAGCAUUUUUGGUUCCAACCUGUAAGGACGCUGAAUUCUACUGUUAAAUUUGGCAUUUUAAUAUUGGACCUAAUGAGGCUUAACUCACUUUAGGAGCCAUCCUCUAGUGGCUAUUCAUGGAACUGCAGCUUCUUCCACUCACACUAUGGCUGCUUUUUUACAUCAUUACAAGGUUGACAUAUUCAUUAUUGCAGUGAAUGCCCCAAAAGGAUAAAAAGUCUUUCUAUCUGUUAUCUAAACUGAGUCUAUUCCAGCAGGGUAAUCCCCUGACAGGUUGCAAGUUUAUCCCUUGGCUAACAUAGUUACACAUUCUCACAUGAGUGAAAACUUAGAGCAACCAGUCAACUUCGCGAGCCUUUCAUUAGCAUGUGGCGCCAUGUGUGCAAAUUGUACAAAAAGGCUCCAGCUGGGAUUCAAACCAGGGACCUUCUUGCUGAGGAAAUGGUGGUAACCACUGCCUAACUGGCCCUAGGGUUAAAAAUUGGUUUCAAAGAUAUUGUUUCCUUUUUUUUUGAGUGGUUACAGGGUUUAAAGGCCUGCAGUAGACGGUAUCAAGCUUAAGAAAAUAAAUAAAUUUGUAUUUCCUUGCCAGAAAACGUGGCCCUCCGUGGCAAAGCAACUCUGUCACAUCGGUACCCUCACCAUUUCGGGGAUGCCAACAGUGCAAUCGAUGGAAAUCGCGACUCUACCUUCGAAGCUGGUUCAUGCAUUCACACUAUAGAAAUGGCCAACCCCUGGUGGAGGGUGGACCUGCUGGACCGCUAUGUAGUCACCUCUGUCAUCAUCACCAACAGAGGAGACUGCUGUGCAGAGAAGCUCGACGGAGCUGAGGUCCACAUCGGUGACUCUCUACAAGACAACCGUGCUGUGAACCCACCGUGAGUGCACAUGAACGCCACUGUAAACGCGACACCACAGUGACCUUUGUAGUGUCAGGUCUGACCCCGACCAAGAACUUCGUCAGUUUAAUUGGACUUGGUUGCUUGUUUUGACAGACUUGUUUUUCUUUGCAUGACUAAAAAUCUCACAAUAGAGUUUGUGUUUCUUUUUCAGAGCUGGUGUCAUCUCUCAGAUCCCUGCAGGAAGCUCGCACAUUCUGCCUGUAAAUGAUUUGGCUGGACGGUACGUGACAGUCGUCCUCCCUGGUGCAAUGAGGAUUCUGACUCUGUGUGAAGUGGAGGUCUAUGGGUACCGUGCGCCGACAGGUGAGAUUUAAGAUGCAUGGACAGACUGCAGUUAUGGAUUGAGCUGGAGAGAAAAUUCACUUUUGUUGUGACUUGAUUGCAGUAAAACAUAAUAGAAACACAUGAAUACAUGCUGACAGUAUAUUGCUGUUUUUCUUAGGGGAGAACCUUGCACUCAAAGGGAAGGCCACACAGUCUACGUUAUACUCAGAAGGCAUGGCGUACUUUGCAAACGAUGGAAAUAAUGGCAAUGACAGAGCAGAUGGGUCCUGUACUCACACCAACAACAAUUUCGCCCCCUGGUGGCGACUGGAUCUGAUAAGAACCCAUAAAAUUUUCACUGUUAAGAUAACUAACCGCAGAGAUCCUCGAUUCGCACCUCGAAUAAAUGGAGCUGAGCUCCGCAUCGGAGAUUCUCUGGAAAACAACGGCAACAACAAUCCCAGGUCCUACACCACGAAUUAAAAAAAUAAUCUGAAUAUUUCUUUUGUUCUUGAAUUGUAGCGCUCCAUCAAUAACAAACAUGUCUUUUUCCUUUUCUCAGGUGUGCUGUGCUUGAAAACGUCCCAGCUGGUGCUACUGUUGAGUACCAAUGUAAUGGGAUGGAUGGUCGCUUUGUUAAUGUGGUCAUUCCUGGAAGGUCGGAGUACCUGACCCUGUGUGAGGUGGAGGUUUAUGGUUCGGUCCUGGAUUAA